AUGAGUUCGACCGUUUAAAGUGACGUCAGCGAAAUGGGUGGUGGAAUAAAGAGCGGAGGUAAAGGAUCGAAGUGUGCUGAAAUUGAGAAUCAACGAUAGUGUUGAGCGUGAUCUCUUCUUUACGUAAACCAUAAUUGAACGCGCCGUUCUUCUGUUCAUUUCGCGUUAAUCCCUUUCUCCACAUCGAAAACACUUGUGGCGUUUGUCAGAACGAGGGAACUUAAGAUACCUUUCUAUUUUCUGAAGAUGAGGACAACUACCUUCAUUUUAUUGAGCCACUAAACUAAAUUAAUCUACUUCUAGUGUCUAUGCUUCUGGCCAUGUAUCCAUGUCCAACAGUGUGGUGGUGGUGAAGACGCAUUUUCCACAAAAACGACAAGGAAAAGAAAGAGAGGAAUCAAGGAGACAGAGCACCAGACUCAGCCUACUUGGUUUUCCAAGCCAAAGCUGAAGAAUUAUUUCCAAAGACAUCCACACGCCUCUGCAGACAUGGAGGCACACGGGGUCGCGAGCCCGGUAAGACCGCGUGAGGGCAUGACCAAGAACGUGAGCCUGGAGUCGCUCCAGCUGUGCGAGAGAGACGGUAAGGCUGAGGAUCCUGGAGUGGUAGGAAUGGAAUUACCUGUUGCUCGCAACAUCAAGAUCAGUAACAUCACAUGUGACUCCUUUAAGAUCUGCUGGGAAAUGGACCCUCAUACCACAGAGAAGAUCACACAUUACUUCAUUGAUCUUAACAAGAAGGAGAACAAAAACUCCAACAAAUUCAAACACAAGGAUGUGCCUACGAAGCUUGUUGCUAAGGCAGUCCCGUUGCCCAUGACAGUGCGAGGCCAUUGGUUCCUGAGUCCACGGACAGAAUACACAGUUGCCGUGCAAAUAGCAUCCAAACAGACGGAUGGAGACUACUCUGUAUCACAAUGGAGUGACAUUGUUGAAUUUUGUACAGCAGAUUAUUCCUCUGUGCAUUUGACACAGCUGUUGCAGAAGGCUGAAGUCAUUGCUGGCAGGAUGCUCAAGUUCUCCGUCUUUUACCGAAAUCAGAAUGAGGAUUACUUCCAACACUGCAGGGAUGUCCUUGGCAGCCGAAUGAUGCCCUCGGUAAAGGAUAACAGCGGUAGUCAUGGUUCACCUCUCAGCGGUAAACUGGAGGGCAUCUUCUUCAGCUGCAACACUGAGUUUAACACAGGUCAGCCGCCACAGGAUUCCCCCUACGGCCGCUUCCGCUUCCAGAUACCCGCCGAGGUUCUGUUCACCCCUGACACUCGCCUCUACUUCGGGGACUUCUACUGCAUGUACACUGCCUAUCAUUAUGUUAUCCUCGUCCUGGCUCCCCGGGGCUCGCGUGGAGACCUUUACUGUAGAGAUCGCCUGCCAGAGCUGGAUGUGACGAACAACCGCUUUCUCACACGUGUAAGCGGGGAGGAUGGGCGGGUGGUGUUUCAGCAUGCGCAGGAUGUGAUCCUGGAGCUGAUUUAUACUGAGCCGGUGCAACUGGCCCAGGGGACUGUCUCUCAGAUCAGCGGCCACCAGUUGAUGAGCUUGUCAACGGUCAAUGCUAAGAAAGACCCCAGCUGCAAGACCUGCAACAUCAGCGUUGGGCGCUAACUUGGGCGAACAUUCACACACAGGCCCAACUGUGCAUAACAACCUCAGCUUGGUACAUUACAGAACCAGAUACAGAUGAAGCCCAAGAUAAAAGAAUCCUCCAGAAAUGCCCACGUGGCAAUCAGACCGUUUUGGGGGCCACCUAGCCCCCCCAGCUAAUGCUAGAAAAUUAUAUCUUUGCUCAAUGAACUAAGAAGUGUAAAAAAAAAAAAAGUGCAACAGAAAAAAAUAGAAGAGAAAGAUAUAAGGAUAACAAACCAAGAUUUUAAUAUAAAAAAAAUGAAGAAUUUGAAAACGGAGACUAAGAGUAAAAGCUAAAUUUC